AGCAUGUCAGACAGAAACACAAGAGGACCAUUUAAAAACUGUUGGAUGCCAAACUGUCUUGACAAUGGCUGACCUGGACCAGCAAAAAGUGUUCCUGGACAACAUUACUCUAGAGGUCAAAAACCUYAAGGAGAAACUACUUGAGACAGAAUUGACUUUCACUWGUUUCAAGGGAAACAAUGAAAAAACCAAGUUCUACACUGGUAUUCCAACAUUUGUAAUGCUUAUGCAUGUUUUUGACAUWAUAUCUACCUAUGUCAUUUCCACAAAGCGGAACMCGCUGCCACAAUUUCAAGAAUUUUUGUUAUCACUGAUGAGGAUCAGAUUGAAUGUGCCUCUUCAGGACCUUGCCUACAGGUUUAACAUUUCUGUUGCAACUGUCAGCCGAAUUUGUGACAGAUYGCACAAUGUAAUGAAUGAGCGCCUCCACUUUCUAAUGCAUUGGCCAGAACMGGAAGAUCUUAGGUCUACUAUGCCUURGGUCUUUCGCCAAUCUUUUGGGGACAAAGUUUCAGUCAUUAUUGACUGUUUUGAGGUGUUUGUAGACAAACCAUCGAGCUUGAUUGCACGGGCUAUGACAUGGUCAAACUACAAACACCACAACACUGUUAAAUUCCUAAUUGGUGUAACUCCCCAGGGUUCUGUGUCAUUUCUAUCUAAAGCAUGGGGUGGUAGAGUAAGCGACAAAUUUAUUACUGAGAACUGUGGAAUUUUGAGGAAGCUUGAACCAGGUGACAUUGRGUUGGCUGACAGGGGUUUUAAUAUUGAGGACAGUGUUGGCUUCUAUCAAGCAAAACUACAUAUACCAGCCUUUACAAGAGGUAAAAAGCAAUUAUCAGCKCUGGAAGUAGAAGAAACAAGGAAGAUCGCUAAUGUUAGGAUACAUGUUGAGCGCGUCAUUGGUUUAGUUCGCAGAAAAUAUGCCAUUCUUCAAAGCACCCUACCCAURGAUGUCAUCAAAGCAAAGCCUGGAGAAUCAUUGUCCCCUAUUGAUAAAAUUGCUAAAAUAAGUUGUUGUUUGAGCAAUUUAUCUGAGUCAGUAGUCCCAUUCAACUAGAUAACCAAAACACAAGCUAAUAUGGAUAUGUGUCAUUAUAUUAUAGAGUACAAACAUUAAAAGUGUGCACCAAAAAUACCACCACACAUGACCAUGUAAGUGUUUCAUGCUGUUAGUAUUUGUACUCUAUUUUGCAAUAGUAUUUAAAAAAUACUAACAUUUUACAUCAGUUUGUUGGAUUUGAGCAAAUGAAAGCUUCAUUGUUGAAUCUGACAAAAUAUAUAUACAUCAAGCAACAGUUGGCAGUCUUGUUCUGACUUUACAUGGUAUUAUGUGUUCAAUAUGAUAAUAGAAAAAACAGUUUUAUUUGCAUACAAGAACAGUAAAGAACAAAUGAUGCAAAAUGUAUCCUCUUCUACAUUUAGCUUAUUCUGCAUCUAAUAUUAUAUACUUAAGAAAUAUAAAACGGCGCGCGUGUCUCUGUCCUCUGAUAUAAACACGGUCGUCAGCCAAUCAGAGCGCACGUUAUAUAUCAAAAAUUUUAUAACUUACACAUAUAAACUGCAAAAUAUUGGCUCAACACAUGAAUUGAUAAUGUUUUGUACAAAAAGACAAAACAGUAAA